UGCGAGCGUCCCGUCGUGUCCCUAACAAGAAGGGUACUUCCGAAAGGAAGAAAUUUUGAUUCAAUUUAUUUUUUUGGGAUAAUUAAGUUAAUUUAUUUAGGCAUGGUGUGGGAGAGGUCUCGUUCUUACCACAGAGUUGCUGCGGCUUAAGUAGCAAUGGUGGAAGCCUCUCUUUUCCACGGAUUCCAACCUUUCUCACCUCCAUCUUCUUCUCUUUGGCUGGCAUCCCCUUUCCGAAGAGAGCAUUUGUGGGUCUCUAACUGGUUCGGCCUUCGGCUUGUUUCCCCAAGGAUUCACGACACCGUAGCACUGUUUUGAAGGCAAGGCCCAAAUCUUUUGCUUUCUAUGCUUCAUAAAGUUCGAUUUUUUGGUGGAUUUGGGGAUUUUUGGUGGUUUCUAGGUUUAUAUAAUCCUGUUCAUUGAUCUUGGGUGUUAUUCUAUCUUUUAAUCCAAGGAACUGAAUAUGUUCUGCCGGCUACGUGCUUGAAUCGAGCAUUUUCCUUCCAUUGGAUGUUAUUUAUGCCUUAUUUUCUCAGUUUUAGAUGUAUAGCUAAGUUUUAUUCUAUUAUAUGGAGCUCCUCACUCCGGUCACUCUUUUGCUGCUGUCUGCUGCUCUCCUUCCCUGAACCCUCCUUUCUCUCUUUAUCUACACGCAAAUAACUACUUCAGGAGUCUUCUAUGAGUCGAGGAAAGGAAACAUUUGUCACGGAUUUUCUCCUAAAUCUCUUGGAUUCUUCGUCUUGUAAGCGUUUUUCUUAUAAUAUUUGCUUCAUUUUAUUCUUUUAUAGCAUCACAUAGAUCUUGGUUGGCUUUAUAACGGUUAAAGAAGUCAUAAGGCCCUCAAAAUUUUCUGGGUUAAUCGUUAUCGUUGACCUACUGAUGUGUGUUUGUCAAUUUGCCUCAUUAGUUGAAGUUUGGAUAACCCUGAUGAAUUGAGGCAGUAUUUUGAUGGUGCUGAAAUUUGAAAUAUCCAUGAGAAGGCAGUCGAUCAAGAACCUUGUUAAAAUUAGGGAAAAGUAAGGGAAUUAGCCACCAUGUGUUUGUUUUGUGUCUCAUUAGCUUUGUUGGUUGCUUGCAGAACUUUGUUGAUUGCUUCCACCCUCCAUUGCUGACUAUGCAGUUGCAGGAUUAAAACAUUUUCAAUUUGAAGAGUUAAAGCACCUAUGGCUGUUUAUAGAAAAUUGACUUCUCGAGCUAUCUUCAAUUUUAUACAUGUUGAUGUGGGAAUUAUCAGAAUCUCUAAAUAUUCAAUAGCUUCUUUGUCAAGAUUUGGGUAUGCAUGGGAUAAUGAUGAUUUUUGGUUGAGAAGAUUGGACCACAAGGAUUGGCUUGCACCAAAUGAAAUCCUGAAAAUAUUUAAGAAUGUCAGAGAUCCUGAGCUGAUUAUUGGUGCAUUUGAGAAGGCCUCUAGUCGGAUGGAUUAUAAGCCUAGUGAGGCUCUUUACACUUUAAUAAUUGAGAAGCUUGCUUGUGCACGGAAAUUUGGUGUUAUUGAGGAUCUUUUGGAGAGGUCAAGACUUGAAAAGUGCAGACUUUCUGAUGAAUUCUUUUAUAAAUUGAUAAAACUAUAUGGCAAUGUUGCGAAUCAUCCUGAACAAGCCAUUAAGACGCUCCUUAGGAUGCCAGAUUUUCAUUGUUGGCCUACAACUAAGACUUUCAAUUAUGUGCUCAACAUGCUUGUGUGUGCUCGGCAGUUUGACAUCAUCCAUGAGGUUUACUUGAGUGCUCCCAGGUUGGGAGUUUGUCUUGACACCUGCUGCUUUAACAUUCUCAUCAAGGGCUUGUGUCAGUGUGGUAAAUUGGAUGCUGCCUUUUCCUUGUUACAUGAAAUUCCAAAACAGGGAUGUAGGCCCAAUGCUACAACUUAUUCAACGCUAAUGCAUGCUCUUUGUAAGGAUGACAAACCAAGUGAAGCAUUUGAGCUAUGCGAGAGAAUGGAGAAAGAAGGUUGCCAUCCUGAUACGAUAACCUUCAAUAUAUUGAUAUCUGGUCUUUGCAAACAAGGGCAAGUGGCAAAGGGGAUGGAACUUCUAAAGACAAUGAAACUAAAGGGGUGCUAUCCAAAUUCAGGAACUAAUCAAGCACUUCUUUAUGGCUUGCUUAACACUAACAAAUUUGUGGAGGCUAAACAUUUUAUGGACAUGAUGAUCUCUGAAGGGAGGCGGCCUAGUUUUUUGUCCUACAAGCUGACUAUUGACGGUCUUUGUAGUAAGAAUCUUUUAAAUGAUGCUGUUAUGGUACUGAAGAAAAUGGUACAACAAGGAUUUGUUCCUCGGGUUGGUACUUGGAAAAGGAUCCUUGAAUGCAUGUUCUAGAAGAUGAAUCAUUGUUCUUCCUUCAUUGUAAUACUUUCCAUUGCUGUCAGCUGGUAGAACUAAUUGAUAGAAUGGCCAACAUAAAAUUCAUUGAUCGUGUGAGGAUAUAAAAGCCUGUAUUUACUAAGACGUUGAUUUGCAAAAUUUAAAGUAUCUUUAAAGGUGCAUUUUACAAUUUUA